AUGACCAAGGAGACCGCCCGUCCUCCCCCCACCGACCCCACAACCACAACAGCAACCACCCACGAACCUCCCUCCGCGCCCUCCUCCCCCCUCGCCAAACGCACCAAGCCCAACACCACCACCGAAGAACAGCAACAACAAACCUCAAACAUGGGCUCAACCGCUAACCCCCUCCCCGCCCUCCUCGUCCAGAAGCUCACCCCGGCCGGCCGCGCCCCGACCCGCGGCUCCGCCUUCGCCGCCGGCUACGACCUCUACAGCGCCAAGGACACUGUCAUCCCCUCGAAGGGCAAGGCGCUCGUGGACACGGGCAUCGCCAUCGCCGUGCCUGAGGGAACCUACGGCCGCAUUGCCCCCCGCAGCGGCCUCGCCUCGAAGCACUUCAUCGACACCGGCGCGGGCGUCAUCGAUGCCGACUACCGGGGCGAGGUGAAGGUGUUGCUGUUUAACUUCUCCGAUGUGGAUUUCGAGAUCAAGGAGGGUGAUCGCGUGGCGCAGUUGGUUCUGGAGCGGAUCUACACGCCUGAGGUGACGGUUGUCGAGAAGUUGGAGGAGAGUGUUCGUGGAGCUGGUGGGUUUGGAAGCACGGGUACCAAUUAG